AUGGAUAAUAAUUCAGCAGUUCAUGAAUUUGAUUUUAUUUCCUCAAUUGAUUCACCUUCUACAACAUAUACACAUGAACAAAUACUUGUUCAAGAUGAAAAACUUAAAUACCAAAAAGAAUUGGCUGAAUUAUCUUUUCAUGAAUAUAAAUCAUUUAGUAAUGCAAACAAUAACUUGCAAACAAUAAACAAUUCACUUGACAAUUUAUCUUUACAUUUAAACAAUUUAGUUUCAAAUUUGCCCAAUAUUCAAAAUUCUUGUAAUCCAUUUCUUCAAGAACUAAAACAAUUCACUCAACAAAAUAAUAAAAUCAAUAUAAUUCUUGAAAAUCAUAAUAAUCUAUUAGAAAUCAUGGAAAUUCCUAAAUUGAUGGAUGCUUGUGUCAGGAAUGGACUUUACUCAGAAGCAAUGGAUCUUUCUGUACACGUAACAAGAUUAAUCUCAAAAUAUCCAUCAAUCUCUUUAAUUCAACAGAUUGAUAACGAUGUUAAAAAUACAAUGCAAUUGAUGUUAACAAAACUUAUUAAGCUAUUAAGUAAACCAAUCAAGCUUCCUGUGUGUUUAAAAAUUAUUGGGUACUUGAGACGUAUGGAUAUAUUUGAUGAGGCUGAGCUACAUCUUGUAUUUCUACUUUCUAGAGAUGCCUAUUUACAAUCAUUGAUUCAUGAAUUAGAUAAAGAAAAGAAAGAUCCCGUCUUUUAUUUAAAAAAAUAUAUUGAUGUAUUUAGAGAACAUUUUUUUGAUAUAGUAACACAAUAUCGUGCAAUAUUUUCUGAGGAUACUUUAGAAACAUCGUUGGUUAUAAGUUAUGUAGAAUAUUGGGAAUCAAGAACUUCCAAUUUGAUAGUAUUUACCAUAUUAAAACUGGGAUUAGUGAUAAAUGAAGAUUUCAAUGAAAAGGCAAGCAAAAAUCCAAACCAACCUCAAGAGAGCAACCCAGCACUUACUUAA